UAUUGCUGAGUGUGGCGUAAAACUAAACUCACUCACACAUUUAAUUGAAUAUGACUUACAAGUAUUUUUUGAUAACACAGUGGCCCAGAGAGGCUUAGGUAGAUAAGUCAGUAUCCCUGUCAACCGUUGUGUUUUAAAAUUUAGAAGCAAUAUAGAUUAUGCAUGUACCAGGCUGCUAUAUGGCAUUGGGUACACCAUGGUUCUUAAUGACUUGUGUUUGUAUAUUGAAAUUUAACACUAAAACAAUACAUGUAAAGGUUAAAAUGUUGUUAUUCAUAUUUCACAUUCGACAGUAUCUAUUCAUGUCUGACAUUUACUGUUCGGAUAUUGUGGAUAAACUUAUCAAAUGUUUGCCAUGCAAACCAAUACCUGUGACGCGAUUUGUGCCUUAAAUGACAUUUAUCUUAUGUAUACAAUCACAUCGUGAGUGUUGCUUGGUGUUUAAGGAUUCAAGAUGUCAGAAGGUUUUUAUAUACACAAUCCAUAACACCAUGGCAGAACACCGGUUCCUGGAAGUACCAACUCUGUUAUACACAGAGACAAAUCUGUUUCCCAACAUGAAAUAUGGACACAACAAAAGAACAUUGGUAGUUUCGACCUUACCGUCUCUAGGAAUGCUUGAGAUGGACGUAGUGGACAACAGAAUUUCAAUUUCCGGACCUAUAGCCGACAUUCUUCAAAUUUUGGCAAAGACACUAAAUUUCAGCUACAUCAUCCGACCUCCGGCUGACAAACAAUGGGGCCUUGAGGUCGAUGGAGUAUGGAACGGCAUGGUAGGGCAAUUGCAGAGAAAAGAGGUUGAUUUGGUAGCCGCGGACCUAAGUGUUCACGAAGACAGGAUUGCUGUCAUGGACUUCAUCAUGCCCCCUAUAAUGUAUAGCUACGUGGAAGUGAUGUACAAGAAGGUUGACGACGAUGCCAAUCAGUGGCUACUGCUGGCUAAACCAUUUAAACUAGAAGUAUUUCUCCUUAUAUUUGCAUGUGGAAUACUGUUUUCAAUUCUCUACAGAAUCACUCAAAGUAGAUCCAACUUUGAAUUCUCAAAUUAUCGGUAUUGGUAUGAGAUGUUGUGGUUCACACUUUCAACAAUACUGAAGCAAGUGACAGAUAAGCCAAGUUGUGAGAAGAGACAGGAGCCGGUGUCUUACGGAAGUAAACUACUUCUGGGGUUCUGGCUGCUGUUCCUGAUUGUCAUUGUCUCCAUCUAUACGGCCAGUUUCGUAGCAGCAAUAUCGGUCAAGAAAGAGAAGCCGCCAUUUGCCAACCUGAUGGAACUGGUAGAGAGGGAGGACUACACUCUGGGAAUGCCCAUUGAAGGUGUCAACUAUGAUCUAUUCAAGACAUCUCCCAGGGAGGACGUACAAAAAGCCUGGAGAAGAAUGAAGAAAGAAAAUGAAACCAACCCUUUCAUAAUGUCCACCGAUUACGAUGCACAUGCCAGAAAGGUUGAGACAGGCAAACACGCUGCCUUUAUGUACACUAGCCAAAUUCAGAAAUAUCAGCAGGAAGACUGUAGACUGGCAACUCUACAAGACAAAGUCAGUUGGCAACAGAGCGCAUUCGGCAUCCCCUUGCAGUCACCACUGAAAGAUGACCUGGAGAAUGUAAUGUCCUUCCUUGUCCAGUCAGGAAUUAUUCAAAACAUCCUCAACAGACGGAAGUGGUCCUCAGGUCAUAAUAACACGUGUAUACAGGACAAAUCGGCCAAGGCAAUAGUGAUCAAAGAUUUACUGGGAUGCGUCGUCGUCGUUAGCGUAUGCCUUGGGCUCUCCUUGUUGGCUUUAAUUCUGGAGUUGCUGUUCAACAAACGAUUCCAUAAAUGUAAGCCUGCUUCUAUUCCAUCAACUACGAGAAUGUAAAGUUUCCCACGUAAAGUUUCCCAUUUACGUGGUUCAAGGUGCUUUCCACCACCAUGACAGAAAUGCAGCAAAGAAAUUAUUUAUUUGUUAUACUCGGUGAAACAAGUGACAUGUAUGCAUUUUAGUUUUCCUUGAAGUUCGUUCCGCUCUUGGAUGUGUGGGUCUACAUCUAACGAACUUUGCAACGACAAUAUCUCACCCAUAUCAUAAUAUCUUUUGCUACUAAUGUAUGUAUUACUGUUUCCGCGUUCGUUUGUUUGCAUUCUUACAAUUUUCAUAAAUAAAGGCUUAAUCAAGUUUAA